CCUUCCUGCCCACAGCCAUCAGCAUCUACAACAGCUCUUUGGGGAAACCUUCAUAAUAUGAGCUAUAACAACAUUUAAUUUCCCUUUGGGAUUAAUAAAGUAUUUUUGAAUUGAAUUAAAUGUCCACCUCUAGUCCUCGGCAGCUCCUGUCUUACGUGGGUUUGUCCCUCCUCCCAGGCAGCUGAACAAGCUCCUCAGCAUGUUCUCAGGUUCUGCAGGAGUGUGGUAAUGACCCGUUUAUUUGAUGCAGCUGUACUGAACCAGAGCAACAUCUAGGACAUGCAAGACAUUAGCUCUUUAGGACAUAGGUUUAUACAGCCCUGGCCUAAACUGUCCUCUAAACCCAGUUCCAGGCGGAAAUGGAACCCACCCAGUUUGUGUUGGUGAGUCGGCUGCUGGUUGUCAAGCAGCUUGGAGAAAAACAGAAAUCCCCUGAAGAGCCCAACAGAGGAAGAGGACUAAUGAGGUGCCAUCAGAUGCUGAGGGAGGGGGAGACAGGUGGGAGACGGAGCUGCUCAGGUGUUUCACAAAGCAAGCAUCACACAAGCUGAAGGAGUUCUGCUUCUGUUCUCUGAGCUGGACUUCAAAGGUUAGAUGAUGCUGCAGCUGCUUCUGUGAUUGGAUCUCUGUGGACUUGGGUGGACGACAGAGAACAGCUGAUCAGGACCUGCAGAGACGUGACGGGUCACUCAUUCCUAGUAACUACAGUGGUUCGUGUAGAGAUGGGCUGUUUAGGAGGGCAGACGGACGAAGAACGACUGGAUGAAAAAGCAAAAAGAGAAGCAAACAAGAAGAUCGAGAGACAGCUCCAGAAAGAACGACAAGCUUAUAAAGCCACACACCGACUCUUACUGCUGGGUGCAGGAGAAUCAGGUAAAAGCACCAUCGUUAAGCAGAUGAGGAUUCUUCACGUUGACGGUUUUGACGCAGAAGAGAAGCAGCAGAAAACUCAGGACAUCAGGAGGAACGUGAAGGAUGCCAUUGUGACAAUUGUAUCGGCCAUGAGCACGCUGACCCCGCCCAUUCCUCUGGGUAACCUCGACAACCAGUUCAGACUGGACUACAUUAAGAGCAUCGCUCCACUUUUGGACUUUGAAUAUACUGAGGACUUCUUUGAGCAUACUCAGAAACUGUGGGAGGACGACGGCAUUAAGGCGUGUUUCGAACGCUCCAAUGAAUAUCAGCUGAUCGACUGCGCUCAGUACUUUCUGGACCAGCUGGAGUCUGUCAGGAGGACCGACUACACACCUACUGACCAGGAUUUGCUGCGCUGCAGAGUAUUGACUUCAGGGAUUUUUGAGACCAGGUUUCAGGUGGACAAAGUCAAUUUCCAUAUGUUUGAUGUAGGUGGCCAGAGGGAUGAGCGCAGGAAGUGGAUCCAGUGCUUCAACGAUGUGACGGCCAUCAUCUUCGUAGCAGCCAGCAGCAGCUACAACAUGGUCAUCAGAGAAGACAACUCCACUAACCGCCUCAGAGAGUCCCUGGACCUGUUCAGAUCCAUCUGGACCAACAGGUUUCUGAAGACCAUCUCGGUGAUUCUGUUCCUGAACAAGCAGGACGUGCUGGCUGACAAGAUUCUGGCAGGGAAAUCUAAACUGGAAGAUUAUUUCCCAGAGUUCACAAACUACCAGGUUCCUCCUGAAUCUGUUCCAGAUGCUAAUGAAGACCCCAAAGUGACCAGAGCAAAGUUCUUCAUCAGAGACGAGUUCCUGAGGAUCAGUACAGCCAGCGGUGACGGCAAGCAUUACUGCUACCCUCACUUCACCUGCGCCAUCGACACGGAGAACAUCCGCCGCGUCUUCAACGACUGCCGUGACAUCAUCCAGCGCAUGCACCUGCGGCAGUACGAGCUGCUCUGACUGGUUGCUGGGCUCAUCCCUGGCUCCGCCCCUUCCUGUUAGGCGAUCGAAGCAGAGAUCUUCAUGUGUUUAGAGUAGAAAUGAGCACUUCUGAGAAUGUGUUGAGUAGUGAUUAUGUUUUGAACCGAAGAUCAGGGUCAUGCAGAGGAUUGUGGGUAGUGUAGUGUACAGGCUGACUGUUUCCAUGACAACAGAGUGCAACUAUUUUAUUGCAAUAUUUUUUCAUCUUUUCAAACUGUUUGAGUUCAGUUGUAACCUGUUGAUGAUUGGCUGUUUCAGAUGAUGACACUUUUUGUGAACCAAUCAGAACUAAUUUUAGAGCUCAUUUAUCCAAACAGGAAGUUGAUCUGUGGACUUUAUUUAUCAACAUUAAAGAAGAUUUAUCAAAA